GUACGCACCCAUAUCUGAGUUGCAUUUUCCCCGCUCUGACGUGACACACCGAGCAAGCACACCUUUAUUCUCCGCUUCGAUGUGUCACCAUGCCGAAUCCAUCGCCAGAUAUACCGACCGAGACGAUGCGGUGCUCACAACUGAUGCAGCCGUAGACACCACAGUUUGCGAACAGGCGCUCAAGCACGGACGUACGCUGGUGGCAUUAGUUCCUGACUUCGGUACGGUGGACUCGGUGAGGCAGAAAGUGGGGAAAUGGGAGGAGGAGUUUAGGUCGGGAGAGCGUCGACCCUGGGCUCGGGAGACACGCCCCAUCAACAUCCCUCACAGCAACGUGCCACGCAACGUGCCACGGGAGGUGGCGGUUGAAGUGGCUUCGAGGCAACCUCAACACGCACCGCAUGCGAUCUCCCCUGAACAGGAGGUCGCCGCCAUGGCCGCCAACGAGAUGGGACUCGAAAUAAAGGUGUAAUGUUGGGGUUUUCGUGUUGGUCGUGAACCACCUUGAAAAAAAGCAAGUAGGUACAAAAUUGGUUCUCUUUAUGUCUCUACAACUAACUCCCGACCCCC